AAGGCCACCUUAAGUGAGCACCUCAUAACCAGCAGAAAGCGCAGCCCAACGUCCUUGAAUGCUCAAGGUAAAAUUUCUGGCCCUGAGCGCAGUGGCAGAAGACGGUGCCAAGAGACCAUGGAGGUGGCACAAGUACUUCAUGGUGCAACACCGAACAACAUGCUCCCUGCCUUUGAGGGCAUCAUGUCGGUCCUGAACAACAAUUGCUCUGUGCCUGAUUUGGUAGAGUUAUUUAAGAAAUGCCCAAAAUUGUCACAGGGGGUGAUACCGAAAGUUUUAAAGGAAAAAAUACGAAAUUUUGAGAAAAGUGAUUCAAAUUUUAUAAGAAGUGUCAAUGUUUUGUAUAAGGGGGGAAUUGCAAGUAAGCAGAAGUACAUAUCAAUUAAGUCGUCACUUUCAAUGGGCAUAAAUGAAAAUGGGGUAGGAAGAAAGCAUAUUGAAUUUGUAAAAAAAUCCCAGUUCCAAGGUUAUUCACCUACCAGAAAUUAAUGGCAAGGGUGAAUCAGAUCAAUAUUGGUGACCUAUAUGAUGUAAAGGAAGUUCUUUGUCAAGGCCUUAGUGAGGAAUACCAGGUUAAUGGAAAGUUUAGGAACCUACAGCAACUUCUUUUGAAAAUGGCUCAAUUUUAUUUGUCCAUUAAUAAAUACAGGAAAGAUAAGCUUGAUUGGUUUGGGGAGGGUGAAGGUGCUUUUAAAGUUGCCAUUGGGGGAGAUGGGGCUCCAUUUGGUAAGGAUGACCAAGCUGUAGCUUGGCUAGUUAGUUUUCUGAAUUGCAGGACUCGUGUUUGUAGCCCUGCGGAGAAUUUUCUCUUGUUUGGGGCAAAUUGUUCUGAGGACUGUGAACCUGUUCACCGGUACACAACCUUGCUAAGGGAAGAAAUGACUGCUAUUGAGGGGAAUUCUUACUCUGUAGAAGUAGAGGGUAAUCAGGUGAGUGUUUCCUUCCAUUUUGAAUUGCUUCCCAAUGAUAUGAAGUAUUUAGCUUUUCUUGGGGGUGAACUAACCAUUUCUGCUACAUACUUUUCUCCUUUUGCGGAUAUCAGCAAGAGUGAAAUCAAUGAUGUCCAAGGUUCUUUUGGUCUGACACCUGACAACAAAUGGAAACCUUGGAAAUACAAUGACCGAAUUAAAGUAGCUGAUGCUGUGGCAAAGAAGAAAGAGCAACUAUCUACUUCAAAAUUAAAGCCCAGCACCAAACGUGAAAAGGUAACCUCCUUCAUUGCCCAGAAAAAAUCCAGGCAAGAAUUUCCACCACUUGUUGGUAAAUUUAUUGACAGAGCCAAAGCUGAGCCCCUACACUUGAAAAAUAAUGCUUGGCAGCAGUGGAAUUUAUCUGUGCUCAAAUAUGCAUUAUCACGUAGUGAUGUGAGCACUUGCAAGUCAAUAGUUGACAUUCCCCCGGAGAGCUGUUUUGGUAGGUAUUAUAACUGCUUACGUUUCCAUGUGAAAGCUACUCGAUUGGCAAAGAAGGUAAGAAAAUGGUUUGCAGAUGGAAGGGAGAAAAACAAAGACCUGGAUUAUCGAUUUACAGGUAAGGAAUCUCGCCUAUUUUGUCACAACUUCAUGUCAAUUGUUAAAAAUCUGAGGAUGGAUUCUGACCAGAGGUCCCAUACUUUUCAGUUACAUGUGUUUGCGCACAUAGCAAUUAACCUUCGAGAUGCAGUUUCUCUCUUCAGCAGGGUUUCUAUUUCAAAUGAACAGGUUCUGAGUCUUCAGCAAUUUUGCUCUAACUAUUACAGAACUACUUCACUCUUUCUCACCAGCACACCAACAACCUGGACCAUUGGCCAUAUUGUUCCUAGUCACACUAAAGCCAUCCAUGAAAGGCUUGGGCUGGGACUUGGCAUAAACAGCAUGGAGGGUAGGGAGGCCAAGCAUGUUACUUUGGCCAAAUUUACCCAAAAUACCCAGUUUAGUAAUAGGUGGGCUCAAGUGUUUAAACAUGAGUAUGUGUCCCUUUUUUGGCUAAGGGAGAAUGGGUGUGAUGAAACUGUCCACAAAAAAACUUCAGCACUUUAUGUGCCAAAAAGGUGUUCCACUUCACAGUUUUGUCAUUGUGGGGAGCCCAAACAAGUCACUGAGAUGAAAUGCUCUUUCUGUUCUGACCCAUUGAGAGCCCUUGUAUGUCAAUGUGUAGCAGAAGGGAAAACUAGUGCUGCAAAAGACUUAUUGAGCCAUUAA